AUGGAGCUGGCGAGCGCGCUCACCGUCCUCCUGGCCAUCUGCUUGGUGGUCAUCACGGCCAAGAGGAAAAUGUCUUCCCACGGGAGGCUGCCCCCCGGGCCCACCCCCCUGCCUGUGAUCGGGAAUUUCCUGCAGAUCAAAGCUGCAGAAACCUGCAAAUCUCUCAUCAAGGUGAGAAAGGUUUAUCGACCCCUUUUCAGACCCCUCCGCCAACCACUCUGUACCUUCCUCUUGGUUUCCCUCCAGCCGGAGAAAGGCCGUGACGUCAUCUGGGUCCCCUUCUCUCUAGGCGUGGUCUUUGCCAACGGGGAGCGCUGGAAGCAGCUGCGACGGUUCUCCCUCAAAAUCCUGAGAGAUUUCGGGAUGGGGAAGAAGACCAUUGAGCAGAGGAUCCAGGAGGAAGCUCAGUUCCUGCUGGAGGAAUUCCGGAAGACCAAUGGUGAGAGCGCUGAGAGCCACGCCCCCUGGGUCUACGACAUCUAUGCCAACAUCCUGAAGUUCUUCCCCGGCCCCCACACCAAGAUCUACGACAUGCUGGGAAACCUAAGGCACUUCAUUGCCAAGAGAGCAGAGAAGAACCGGGAAACUUUAGACCUCAACUCCCCGCGGGACUUCAUCGACUGCAAAUCCCUUCUGCAAACUAGAUGUGAUCAGGAAAGCAAACAUUUUAAAUGGGAAAAAAACAACCCUGCCAGCGAAUUCAACGUUGAGAAUAUGGAGCUCACCACCCUCACCCUGUUCUUUGGCGGGACGGAGACAGUCAGCUCCACCCUGAGAAACGGCUUCCUGCUCUUGAUGAAAUACCCCCAGAUUCAAGCAAAGAUGCACGAGGAAAUAGACCGGGUGAUUGGCCAGAACCGGGCCCCGAACAUCGAAGACCGGAACCAGAUGCCCUACACCGACGCCGUCAUCCACGAAGUGCAGCGAGUGAGCGACCUCCUUCCCAUGGACGUGCCGCACAUGGUCACGCGAGACACCGAGUUCAGAGGAUACCUCAUCCCGAAGGGGACGGAAGUCUAUCCACUACUCACCACCGUCUUGAAUGACCCCACGAAAUUUGGAAAUCCAAGACAGUUCAACCCAGAACAUUUCCUGGAUGCGGACGGAAGCUUCAAGAAGAACGAUGCGUUUGUGCCCUUCUCCUCAGGGAAGCGGAUCUGCCUGGGGGAGGCCCUGGCCCGCAUGGAGCUUUUCCUCUUCUUCACCACCGUCCUCCAGAGCUUCCGGCUGAAGCCCCUCGUGCCCCCGGAGGACAUCGACACGACUCCCCUGGAGAGCGGCUUUGCCAACAUCGUCCCCACGUACCAGAUGUGCAUGGUCCCACGCUGAGCGGGAACCCCGCCCGGAGCGUUCUCU